AUGACUGGACAUCUACUGUUUGUGAUCCUUCUCUAUUCUUUUUCUGAGAUCAAAGCUCUUCCUGAACCUAAACUGACACCGAGCAGAUCAGAGAUCACAGAAACAGAUUCAGUCACACUGAAAUGUGAGGCUCCAUCCUCUGUUCCUAUGUCUCAAUGUUCUUUCUACUCUCCCACUGGAGGAACUGUCAAAGAAUUGCCCUGCUUAACGAACUUGACAGCAACCGAACUGCUGAAGAUGGCAAAUCUCAAAUCACCUGCUACUGUUAAACUGAACUGUUUCUACACAACACAGCCCGGAGCACCAAACUCUCCAUACAGUGACUUUUCCAGCAUCAUCAUUCAAACUCCUCUUCCACCUAAACUCAUCGUUAAUCCACUGGUGAUCACAGAGACAGACUCAGUCACACUCAACUGUGAGACUCCCCCAUCUGUUUCUGUGCCUGAAUGUUAUUUCUACACUUCGAGUGGAGGGAUAGUCAACAGGUUUUCCUGUCUAACGACACUGACAGCAACCAAACUGCUGGAGUUGGUGCAUCUCAGAUCACCUGCUGAAAUUAAACUGAGAUGUUCUUACACUGCACAGUCUGGAGAGUUAACAUCUCCAUACAGUAACAUGUCCACCAUUAAAGUAAAAAGGGCAAAUCUCAAGGAUAAAAGAACCACAGAUUUGACAACCUUCUGUCCUGGUACACUAUCAUCUGGGGAGAGAGUUGAUACAGGUAUCCUUCAUUAA